UUACUCUCCGGCGGAGUGUCUGCUGCUUAUUUGUGAGGAGGCGCUGGAGCCAUUUCGCCACAUGAAAGAAAGCCUGAUGAGCUGAACGACCAACAUCCGAGAAAAGAGAUUUAAGAGGAGCAGCGUGCACCACCACGGAAACGCGCGCGCAGACACGCACACUUCCUCCUCCUCCUCCUCCUCCGUGGAAAAAAAGAAGAAGAAGAAGGAGGAGAGGAACAGAGAGAGGGCACACGGAACGCAAACUUCCAACUCUCCCAUGUGGAAAGCGGAGGUUUGAGGAUAAGGUAGAUUUGCUCCUCUCCGGGGCUCCGCUCCGUCUCCUCUCUCUCCGUGUCUUUUAGGACACUUUGGUUUCUAUGAGAGUCUUAGUCGGCGAGAGGAGAAGUUUGGUUGUUUGCCUGGUCGGAGGAGGAGGAGGAGAGUCUGUUUAAAAGUGGGGGAAGAUGGUGCGUAACGCCGCCUGGAGAAGGAGCUUGCUGUGCGUCCUGGCGCUCAGUUUGGGCUUCGCGUCUCCGCCGUGCAAAGCUCGGAUUUACACCAACCACUGGGCGGUGAGGAUAGCCGGGGGACACGAGGUGGCCGAGCGGAUAGCGGCCAAGUACGGCUACAGGAACAUGGGACAGAUUGGGGAUCUGAAAGACCACUAUCACUUCUUCCAUAGCCGGACCAUGAAGAGGUCAACUUUGUCUAGCCGUGGUCGUCAUAGUUUCAUCUCCAUGGAGCCAAAGGUGGAGUGGAUACAGCAGCAGGUGGUGAAGAGGAGGAUCAAGAGGGAUUACAAGCCAGUCCCGCCCCUUUCUCUGUCAAGCCCCGCCUACAGCAGCCUGUCCCAGAACAACAUAUUCUACAAUGAUGCCAAAUGGAGCAGUAUGUGGUACAUUCACUGUAAUGAUGAUGCCCAUAACUGCCAAUCAGACAUGAACAUCAUGGGGGCUUGGAAGAGGGGCUACACAGGCAAAGACGUCGUGGUGACCAUACUAGAUGACGGCAUUGAGAGGAGUCAUCCAGACCUCGCUCAGAACUACGACCCUCAAGCCAGCUUUGACGUCAACGGCAAUGAUAUGGAUCCCAUGCCCCGUUACGAUGCCAGCAACGAGAACAAACAUGGGACACGAUGUGCAGGUGAAGUUGCUGCAGCUGCAAACAACUCCCACUGCAUUGUGGGAAUUGCCUACAACGCUAGAAUAGGAGGUGUGCGCAUGCUCGAUGGCGAUGUAACAGACAUGGUGGAGGCCAAGUCUUUAAGUCUCCAACCUCAGCACAUCGACAUAUACAGCGCCAGCUGGGGACCUGAUGAUGAUGGAAAGACUGUGGAUGGCCCGGCGUCUCUUGCCAGGCAGGCCUUUGAGAAUGGCAUCCGUAUGGGGAGGAAGGGUCGAGGCUCCAUCUUCGUGUGGGCUUCAGGCAAUGGUGGGCGCAGCAGAGACCACUGCUCCUGUGAUGGCUACACCAACUCAAUUUAUACCAUCUCCAUCUCCAGUACAGCCGAAAGUGGACGCAAGCCUUGGUACCUGGAGGAAUGCUCCUCCACACUGACCACCACCUACAGUAGCGGGGAGAACUAUGACCGAAAGAUUACCACAACCGACCUGAGACACCGGUGCACAGACAGUCACACGGGAACGUCAGCCUCGGCUCCCAUGGCUGCAGCCAUUAUUGCUCUGGCCCUGGAGGCAAAUCCUCUUCUAACAUGGCGAGAUGUUCAGCACAUCAUCGUAAAAACCUCGAGACCCGGACAUCUCAGUGCUCCUGAUUGGAAGACCAAUGCUGCUGGUUACAAUGUCAGCCACCUGUACGGCUUUGGUCUGAUGGACGCUGAGGCGAUGGUGAAGGAGGCGGAGAGGUGGAAGCAAGUUCCUCCUCAGCACGUCUGUGUGGAGAGCGCAGAACGACAAAUCAGAACAAUCCGUCCAGACCAUGUUGUACGGUCAGUGUACAAGGCGACUGGGUGCACAGACAACCCCAACCACCAUGUGAUCUACCUGGAACAUGUGGUUGUACGCAUCACAAUCACACACCCUUACCGUGGGGACCUGUCAAUCAACCUCACCUCACCCUCAGGGACCAAAUCUCAGCUGCUUGCCAACAGGUUGUUUGAUCACUCCGGGGAAGGUUUUAAGAACUGGGAGUUUAUGACCACCCACUGCUGGGGAGAGAAGGCAGCUGGGGACUGGAUCCUUGAGAUCCAUGAUUCACCGUCUCAACUCCGCAACCAGAAAGUACCUGGAAAGCUGAAGGAGUGGUCUCUGGUGCUCUAUGGCACCUCUCUGCGUACCGAUAAGCCCCGCUCCACAGACAUGCUGAUGCCCCCUGAAGAGGAAGUCACAGAGGAGUACAAUGGUCCCUGUGACUCUGAGUGCUCUGAGAAUGGCUGUGAAGGUCCUGGACCCCAUCAUUGCAUUAACUGUCUGCACUACUUCCUGAAGUUCAAGAACAACACCAGAAUGUGCGUGUCAGAGUGCCCCAGUGGUUUUUUUCGUGAUGACAGGAAGCGUUGCAAGAAGUGUUCCUCGCUGUGUGAGACGUGUGUGGGAAGCCGUAGUGACCAAUGCACGACAUGUCGGCCCGGCUCCCAUCUUAAUGAAGGUUCCAACACCUGUGUUGCCAACUGUGCCGAUGGCUUCUACCUCGACCACGAUUCCAACAUUUGUAGGCGAUGUCCAGAGAGCUGUAAGAAGUGCACCACCUCAAACGUCUGCACAGAAUGUAAAGCUGGGAUGAGUCUUCAAGGGACAAAAUGUCAGAUGACUUGUGACCCUGGGACUUAUUAUAAUGGCCACAAGAAGAUGUGUGAGCCCUGCCAUCGGGCCUGUGCCACAUGUGCAGGCACAGGUAUAGAAGCUUGCACUAAAUGUGCAGAUGGUUUCAUGCUAGAGGACUGGCGCUGUGUGUCAACUUGCAGUACCGGUUAUUACCUGUCAGAGCAGAUAUCUGAUAAUGGACAGGUGCUGAAGUCCUGCAAGAAGUGUGACCUUAGCUGCUACGACUGCCUGGGUCCUGGUGACAGAAACUGCAGCAGCUGUGUGAGUGGUUAUAAUCUGGAGGCAGGAGCCUGUGUGGUCAGCACAAUCUGCAAAGAUGGAGAGUACACGAGUUCACAUGGAAAGUGUCACCUUUGUGAUGCUACAUGUGAGCAGUGCACAGGCCCCAAGAGAGAAGACUGCACCAGCUGCCCCGCAACACGUUUCUAUGAAGAUGGACGUUGUGAGAUCCACUGCCAUAAGGGGCGCUAUGCUAUGGGGAGACAGUGCCACCUGUGUCACCACACCUGUCAAGAGUGCAAUGAUGGGGGCCCUGACAACUGCACCAGUUGUGACAGAGAUAAGUUUGGGGUGCUCAGAUACCUGUUUGGGCAGCAGUGUCGAGAUACAUGUCCAGAAGGAUUCUUCCACUCCGAAAUGAAAACUUGUGCAGCCUGUUCUUCUGACUGCAUGAUCUGCACGGCCGCGGAUCACUGCCUUCACUGCAAUUCGGGGCACAGGCUCAAAAAUGGUCGCUGUGUGGCGUUGGAGUGCGGCGCAGGAGAGGUGGCGGAUGCAGAGGAGGGGGGUUGCCUGCCGUGUGAUGAAGGCUGCAAAAAAUGUAAACGUAAGAGUUCAGAAGAUCUGCAGCAAGAAACUACCUGUCUCCAAUGUGAAGUUGGAUACUACAAGUUGAACACAGAAUGUCAUCGCUUCUGUCCAGAUCAGACCUAUAGUGACAACGCAACCAUGACGUGCGCUCCAUGUGAGGACAAACGAUGUGUCCUUUGUGAUCAGUCACAGUGUCACCAGUGUGAAGACGGAUUCUAUCUCUCUGAUGGACAGUGUGUGGAUCACUGUCAGGAGGGCUUCUUUGUGGCGGACGAUGAGUCCUGUGAGCCGUGUCACAGAGACUGUCGUACCUGUGGAGGGCCACAGUUUGAUGACUGCGACUCCUGUGAGGACGGUAUCACACUGAAGGAUGGCAGCUGCCUGGGGAGCCAAUCUGACAGACACUUCCGCACCCGUCCGCUGUGCCACGUCUCCUGUAAGACUUGCUCUGGUGCAGGAAAGAAUAACUGCAGCAGCUGCUCCUCAGGUAGACAUUUUCUGACAGCUGCACAGUCCUGUGUGUCACACUGUCCAUCUGCUACAUUUGCCAACAAGACAUCCAGUUCAUGUGAAAACUGCCUGUCAGGGUGUGUUACAUGCCAGGACACUCAACGGUGCCAGCAUUGUCGCCAUGGGCUUUACCUGCAAGAUGGAAAAUGUGUAGCUAAGUGUCAGAGAGGGUUUCCUCACAGUGGUGUGUGCCAGAUGUGUGCACCAGAGUGUGCAUCCUGCCAUGGAAACACCUCUUACUGUCAAAGCUGUGAGACACAAUUCUUCCUACUCCAUCACUCCUGCAUACCACACUGUCCAGAGGGACACUAUGGCGCUGAGAAGGAAUGCCGCCGCUGCCCGGCUGAUUGUGCACAGUGCAAUUCUGAUGGCCUGUGUCAGAAGUGUACAGAAUACUACUUCCUCCAUGAAGACAAGUGUGUUGCCGAUUGUCCUACUGGCUACUUCGCCAUUGAGAAAAAUGAGUGUGUGCGUUGCCAUAAUGAUUGUGCCUCGUGUGAUGGACCGGACUUCGAUGAUUGUAAUGUGUGUCAGGACCUGAAAGCUGUUCAUUACAAUGGAGCAUGUUUGACUAAAUGUCCCAACAACACCUACUAUGAUGACACCACCAAUGAAUGCAGAGAAUGUGACAGGUCAUGUCUGACUUGCUCUGGUCCUGAGUCUUCAUCCUGCCUCAGCUGUGGCAUCAACAGAGUGAAGGACUCCAGUGGUUCCUGUUUGUGGUACAGCCAGUGCACUCGCUCAUACAUGGGUGAGGAUGGAGAGUGCCACACAUGCCACGAGAUGUGCAAUCACUGCACUGGUCCAGGCAAAGACCAGUGCCUGACCUGCGGAGCUUCACACUUCCUGCUGAACAACACCUGCAUGAAGGAGUGUCCUGUUGGUUACUAUGCCAACCAGGAUGAGCACACGUGUGAGCGAUGCCACUUCACUUGCCAGUCAUGCACUGGCGGUCACAGCGAGCAGUGCAUUGCUUGCAGACCGGAAUUCUUCAAGCAGGGAAAGAGCUGCGUUGAAAAGUGUUCAGAGAGGCACUUUGGAAACGCCAUGACCAGGGUUUGUGAGCGCUGUGACCCCACAUGCGGCCAGUGUUGGGGUCCUGGUGGCAAGAAGUGCCUGAGCUGUCGGGAGGGCUACGUGUACCUGAGACAGAUGGGCCAGUGCUUGCAGAGCUGCCCUCCAAACUACUACAAACACAGCGAAACCAUGACCUGUCACAAGUGUCACCCAACCUGUAAAACCUGCAAUGAUGAGGGAGGUGUGAGCUGCACAACCUGUUAUGACAGCUACAGAUUUUUAAGCGGCAUCUGUGUAUCUGACUGUGUCGUAGGCUCGUACACAGUAUCUCAGGCCUCUGAGUCUGAUAACAUUGAUCCACACUGUGAGCCGUGUGAUCCGUCCUGUCUGGACUGCAAAGGCCCCAGCAUAUGGGACUGUGUGGUGUGUCCCGCACUUCAGUUAUUGGUUGACGAUGGCCGCUGCUUGUCCUGUUGUGGAAAUGAGAUGGCCCUCGAUGAAAAACCAGUACUUUGGGAGUGCUGCAACUGUACAGUCUCACAAGACAAGUGCAUCCUGAGCGUCAACUUUGUGAUGAAGCAGGCCACACAGCUGGAGGCUCAAAGCAGCGCCGCCAACCUUUUUGUCAUGGUUUCUGCGCUACUCAUCAUCGCCACAGGUGCCGGAGUCUUCUUAUUCCUUCAAGCUCGGUCUAAAUCACUUACAGUCACCAGCACACUCAAAACCAAACCUGGAGGUUACAAGGCACUCAACACCAAUGGGGCAGUCAGCUCAGGGGCUACCGAGUCAACGUUCGGGGAGUACAGCGACCGAAUCAUCGACUGUGAAGAUGAUGAGGAAAACGACAGUGAAGAUGACAUUGUGUACAUGGCACAAGAUGGAACCAUGUAUCGGAAGUUCAAGUAUGGACUUCUGGACCAAGAUGAUCUUGAUCUCGAGUACGAUGAUGAGAGCUAUUCAUACGGCUGAAAGAACUCAUGACAGUAUUGCAAAAUGUUGGCUUUUGAUUUGAUUCUUGCUUGCAAAUUGAUUUAAGCUUAUCCAGACGAAUCUUGUAAUCAUUAAAGUCAGAGUUCAAAUAACUAAUCUUUUGCAUAUCAAAUCCUAAAAACAGAUUAUCUGGGGAAAAAUCCAUCUUUUUUUCCUGUGUUGGACUUAACUUUAUA